GUCUCCUUUUGGAAAUAAACGAAGUACGAGACUGGGUUGAUGUAAAUAAGCAAUAGCCUUCUCCGACCGAAGCUUUCUUCCAAUCACCUCCCUGGUAAUUGCCUUGCCUAUACCGACCAACACGUUAGGUUUACCGAGCACGACACAAAGUAGAAUCUAGAGACGGUGGCGAGAACGCAUUCGUCGCACAUUUCUAAGUCGGGCAGAAUGACACUGUAGUCGCUCCUCAUUAAAAAACAGGGAGGUUCUUGCUGCUCUUGGACGUAAAAUUCAUAUAAAUGUGAGCGAUGAGUCUCGUUUCGAUGAUACCAACCUCGGUUUGUUCUAGUAUCUAAGACCAACUCGACUUCUUCGCCGUGUCACUUGCCAGUUAACCUCAAUCUAGCCACCCACCACACAACGAACAACAAAUAUGUCGCACAAUAACCAGUCAGAUAACUACAGGCAGGGCUAUUCUAACUACACUACCGCGACCCAUGAGAAACGCACAGUAGAGUCAAAUGCCGCCUUCCUCAUUCCACAUAUCAAGAAGACUGACCACAUCCUUGACGUCGGCUGUGGGCCGGGCACUAUUACGACAGGCUUUGCCAAGUACGCCCAUGAAGGUAUUAUCAUCGGUCUCGACAUGUCGGCCAACGUCCUGGAGAAGGCCAAGAGAUUGGCGGCCGAAGCUGCUGUGUCUACGAAAGGGCCGGGAUCGGUUCGUUUUGAGCAAGGCAACGUCCUCGAGGGCCUCCCUUAUCGUGAAGGCACAUUCGAUAUUGUCUACUGUUCUCAAGUCCUGGGGCAUAUGCCGCCGCCGGACCUACCGCGUCAGGCGCUAGUUGAGAUGCGCCGUGUCCUCAAGCCAGGUGGUAUACUAGCUUCGCGUACCGGCGUGUCGGGCAUGUUCUUCCCGAGGAGUCUGCAACUUGGUCGUCUAUGGACGCAGAAUCUGUGCAAAGUACUACGCCAGGGAGCUCCAGACGACAUAGAAGACACAUGGGAGAGCUUGCCGGCGCUGUAUCGUAGCGCCGGAUUUGACGCCGAUGGUGGUAAGGUCCAAAUUGGUGCUGGAACGAUGGUGGCUUCGGGGUCAGAAACUCGGAAAUGGGUAUCCUGGCGUAUCACCGGGCAGCUGAAACCAGAAGACCCCUUUUACCAGAGUUGGCUGGACGCUGGCAUUGCUGAGGAAGAGAUCCAAGAAACGAUUCGCGCCGUGAAUAAAUGGGCGGAGACUGAGGAUGCCUGGUUUGCCGGGCUGCAGUGUGAGAUGCUUGCGUGGAAAUGAGUGAGCAAUCUAAGCUCAUAAAUAGGACAGGGAAGAAAUAAACAAGGUGUCAUGAUAUGGUGUUUUAAGAUCCCCGGAGUACACAAUUGCACUGCUUCCAUCACGCGCAUCAUGUAUGCUAUAUGCAGCGCAUGAAGUGUAGCUGU